AUGAGAGACCCCUCCUUUGACGCCGUGCUGUUGGGUUUUGCGCUCUGGAUAUGUCUCUGCGCUCUGGUGGACGAGGCGCGCGCUCAGGAGGCUGCUGCCGGAGACGGAGACGCGCUCCGGCGCGGGUUAACAUGGCAGCACAAUGGACAGGUUUUCAGCAUCUUGAGCCGCGGGUCCCAGUACAGGCCGUCCGCGAGACGUCACGGCGGGUCACCUCCCAGCGAGAACCCCGUGGUGGUCCUGGGCGGCGCGAACCGCACGGCCCCGCGCGUCCCGGCCGCCAGCGGCACCGCGCAGUUACGCGCCAUGGCGCGUCAGCACCGGCAGCCGGCGGUGCAGGAUCAGCCGGGCGACCCGCCGCCGGUCAGACCGGAGGACGUGAUGGUCGGAGAUGAUCCGUACAAUCCGUACAAGUCUUCCAACUACUACCCCUACUUCAACUACUACAACUCCUACUACAGACCCAGACACCGGCCCCGCCACAGGCACGGAUACGGCACGAGCUACCAUCAGCACGGCCUCCCUGAUCUGGUUCCUGAUCCAAACUACAUCCAGAUUGCCACCUACGUCCAGAGGUUGUCCAUGUACAACCUUCGCUGUGCUGCAGAGGAGAACUGCCUGGCCAGCUCGUCUCAGUACGCCCAUGACUACGACACCAGAGUGUUGCUGAGGUUUCCUCAGAGAGUGAAGAACCAGGGAACAGCCGACUUCCUGCCCAGUAAACCCCGAUACGCCUGGGAGUGGCACAGCUGUCAUAAUCACUUCCACAGCAUGGACGAGUUCAGCCUGUACGAGCUGCUGGACGGCCAGACGCACAAGCAAGUGGCCGAGGGCCACAAGGCCAGCUUCUGCCUGGAGGACACCUCCUGCGACCCCGGAUACUACCGCCGCUUUGCCUGCACGUCACACACACAGGGUUUGAGUCCCGGCUGCUACGACACUUACAACGCCGACAUCGACUGUCAGUGGAUCGACAUCACAGACGUCGCUCCUGGGAAAUACACCCUCAAGGUGACAGUAAACCCAAAGCAGCAGGUUCAAGAGUCCAACUACAACAACAACGUGGUACGAUGUGACGUGCAGUACACCGGCACCGCGGCACACGUCUCCGGAUGCACCACCUCGUCGUGAUGCCCCGCCACUGAGGCGACUCGUUCUCCAGGAACCGGACGAUGACCACAGACCGAAGACUCAGAGCCUUCAUCGUGACCAAACGGACGCAGAGGGACAGGAAGGAAGGGGAAGGCUUCAUUUCAUUCCAUUUCCAUUUCU